AUGGUUGUAUUCAAAAAAGGGGCUAAAUGGGUUCCAGGGUAUGAGAGCAGCCUUAAUUUUUGGUCGGAUUGUUGGUUGAAUAGUGGCCCCAUCAGUUCUAGCAUUCAUGGCCCCCUCCUUCUUGAUUCGGUCAGCCUCACUUUGAAAGAUCUACGUACUCCUUAUGGUUGGGAUUGGGCUGCCAUUCCUUUUGAUUUUCCCCCAGAGAUUAAAGCUGAGAUUCAAGCGGUUUCAAUGCCGAUCCAAACCUUGCCUAAAAUCCAGAUGUUCAUCUGGAGGUGUAUGCAUAAUAGUGUUGGUGUCAAGGAGUGCUUAGCUAAAAGAGGUAUGUCAUUAGACAUUUUGUGCCCUUUGUGUUUGGAGCAUCCUGAAUCUAUUUCCCACGCUCUCCGUGAUUGUCGCCUUGUGAAACCAAGGAAUCAAGUGGUCUUCAACAACAAAGGUGUCAACCCAAACAUCUCUAACGUGAUUUUUAUGCAAGCCAUGGAGUUUGUGCACUGUGUAACUCAACCAAGGUGCAGGAAUCGAAUGAUAGUCAGACAAAUCAAAUGGGAAAAGCCAGACAUGGGUUGGGUCAAGCUCAAUACUGAUGGGGCUGCGGAUGUUGCUGCAGGGUCGGCUGGAGGAGGAGGGCUAAUUAGGGAUGAUCAAGGCAAUUGGAUCAUAGGGUUCACUAGAAAAAUCGGAAAAGCCAGCAGCUUCUUGGCUGAAACGUGGGCUUUGCGUGAUGGCUUAAUCCUUUGUAAGCAGCUAAAGUUGAAUGCUGUUAUGGUGGAGCUUGAUGCCAAAGCUCUUGUUGAUGCUCUAAAAAAUCCCUCAUAUGCUAAUACUAUAGUUUCCCCGCUUUUUGAUGACUGUAAACAGCUAGCUUCUCAGAUUCCCCACCUCAGUUUCAAGCAUAUCUAUCGCGAAGCUAAUAGAUGUGCGGAUAGAUUAGCUUACUUAGUUAGCUGUCAAUGUUUAGAUUUUAAUUCCUUCUUUUGUCCGCCUGUGGACUUGGUGCCUCUUGUUUUGGCUGAUUGCCAGGGGAUGAUUGUAAACAGGCUUUGUCCUGAUCUUUUGGUUUCUCCUUAG